UCUCUCUGUAAUCAACAUAAGGGCCUCGAAUUGAGAUUGUUGCUCUCCUGAAACUCCAUAUUUGGGCCCUCAUCUACGUUCCAUUCCGAAACAUCACGCCUCCACCUCGAAGCUCGCCUCCUGCCCCACUUCCUACCUCCAAUACCCCCAAAGAUCUCACAAAAUGCCCGAAACAAUCCGUGCGGUAGACAUCAAAGGCGGCACCGGCCCUGCCGACUCGCUCUUCAUAACCUCGAUCCCUAAACCUGUCCCAGCUGCCGCGCAAGCCCUCGUCAAGAUCAAGGCCUUCGGACUCAAUCGCAUGGACCUCUUCCAGCGAGAGGGCCACUACCCACUUCCGCCGCAAGCGGGCAAGAUCCUGGGCGUGGAGUUCUCAGGCAUAAUCGAGGGCGUUGGGGAGGACCCAGAGAAAGGGUUCAAGGUAGGCGACGAGGUGUUUGGGCUGGCAUAUGGCGGCGCGUACGCAGAGUACAUUGCCGUGUCAACGCACAUGCUAGUGCACAAGCCGAAAGAGUUGAGUUGGGAGGAGUGUGCGGGCAUUCCAGAGACUUGGAUCACCGCAACCCAAGCCCUCUACCUCAUCGGCUGCUACACGCCCGGCAAGUCGGUCCUCUGGCACGCGGGCGCCUCGUCCGUCUCCAUCGCCGGCAUCCAGCUCUCGCUCGGCGACUCGCCCUCUGCUGUCUUCGCCACGGCGCGCCAGGACUCGAAGUGCGAGUUCAUCACCAACACCCUCGGCGCCACGGCGGCCUUCAACACAUCCACCCAAGACUGGCCCGCCGAGGUGCUCAAAGCCACGAACGGCAAGGGCGUCGACGUCAUCAUCGACUUCGUCGGUGCGAGCUACUUCCAGGGCAACCUGGACGCGAUUGCGCGCGACGGCGUGAUUGUGACGCUGGGGAUGCUGGGCGGCACGGUACUGCCCGCGGGGGUCGACAUCAGCGCGUUUGUAUGGAAGCGGGCCAGGUUUGAGGGGAGCAGUUUAAGGAGCCGGGAUGAGGAGUAUCAGGGGAAGUUGCGGGAUACGCUGGUGGAGCAUGCGCUGCCGCGGUUUGUGGAUGGGCGGUUCAAGGUGUUUGUGGAGAAGGUGUUUCCGUGGGAGGAGGUAGUCGAGGCGCAUAGGCUUAUGGAGGCGAAUAAGACGAUGGGGAAGAUUAUUUGUCGGGUGGAGUAGCGGGGGUUGGAUGGGAUGGGGCAGCGAUAGGAAGGAGGAAGCUGCGAGGUCUUGCGGAUGCGACUGUGGAGUUGGUUGCGGUGUGGUACUGCGUACACUGUGUCUCUAAGUUGGGUAGCUAUAAAAAGUGUUUCGUAUACCAGAUCAAGAAGCCCGGGCCAGAGUGACCAGCUCCAGACAGACUUCUUGGGC